AUGCCCUUGGUAGCCAUAACGGAGAGUAUUAUCUAUUUAAAGGAGCACGUCCCAACUACGAGCUUACCAGCUCUUCCUGCCCAUUAUGAAUUUGCGAAAAAGCAUUCGUUUCGUGUGCAUCCGUUUUCGAUAACUGCCUAUGCGUUUGGAUUAUCCCAUCUGCGCAUCGCAAAAACUCGAGGGAGUCCAACAACUUCCUCGCAAUGCCUACGGCUAUCUCCACCCCCCUUUUGCGGCUCGGACAAGAAACCCAAUACAAGUGCCUCCCAUUCCCAUAGUCUCCAAAAUGGGUGCAGCCACAUAAAGGAGAAGAGGUAA